AUGGGCGCGCGGGCCGGGGCGCUGCUGCUGGCGCUGCUGCUGGCGCGGGGGGCCCUCGGGAAGCCGGAGUGGCGGGAGGGGGACCUGUUGUCAGGGCCCUGCGGCCAUCGCGACAUUCAGGCACUCCUGGUGGGCGGAGUGCAGACAGUGCGGGGACGCUGGCCGUGGCAGGCCCUCCUGCGAGUGCAAGAUGGCUACUUCUGUGGAGGGAGCCUGCUCAGCCGCCGCUGGGUGCUCUCGGCUGCGCACUGCUUCAAAAUGUACCGUAAUGCCUCCAACUGGUGGGUCCAGCUUGGAGAGCUAAAUCUUCUGCCAUCCUUCUGGAACAUUCGGGCCUACAUCAAUCGAUACAGAGUGAAAGAUAUCAUUGUGAACCCCAGCUACCAUGGCAAUAGCCAUAGCAAUGACAUUGCCCUGUUGAGACUGGCCACCUCUGUCACCUACUCUAAGUACAUCCAGCCCAUUUGUGUCCUGUCAUCCACCUUCAUGUUCCUGCACCGGCCAGACUGCUGGGUGACCGGCUGGGGGUCACUCAGGGAAAAUGAGACAUCUGUUCCAGCUCCCUACAACCUCCAGGAAGCACAGCUCACCGUCUUAAACAAUACCAGGUGUAACUACCUGUUCCAACAGCCUUCAGGCCGCAGUACGGUUGAUGAUUCCAUGUUUUGUGCUGGUGCUGAGAAUGGCAGCGUAGACACUUGCAGAGGUGACUCAGGUGGGCCCUUGGUCUGCGACAAGGAAGGACUGUGGUAUCUGGUUGGAGUCGUGAGCUGGGGAAUAGGCUGUGGUUGGCCCAACCGGCCCGGUGUCUACGCCAACGUCAGUAGGCACUUCACCUGGAUCCAGAAGGUCAUGUCCUGCAGUACAUCCAGGCCAGACUUCUCCAGGUUACUGCUGCUCCUCACUCUGCUGUGGUCCUCCCAACUUCUGCAGCCGGUCUGGGUCCACCAGAGGCUGACCCCCGAGUCGCGCAUCCUGCGCCUUCCGGGUGGCCUCAGGCCCUUGCAGUGCGCCCGCGGGACGCCAGGGGGCGCGCUGAGCCGAGGCCGCCGCGGAGUUGCCGCGCGGUGCGGGACGGCGGGAGCCGCGCACGUCCCCGCGGAGCCCGACUCGCUUCCCACGGCGGGACACCACGCGCGCUUCUUAGAAAACACAGUCGGCAGAAGGGGCAUGAAGAGGAAAGAGCCUGGCAGCCCUUCGUCCUCGGUCCCGGGAUCGACGUCCUACGUGUGCGAUGUCGCAGUCAAAGGGGCGUCCCACUUUUCAGGGUUUCGAGGCAGAGGCCCCGCACCCGCCCCGGCGGCGCAGGGGACCCGCGGCCCAGUCUGCUCCCGACACUGA